GCAUCAUAAUUCAUAACGUUUGUCCUCGUUGUUUGUUGAGGAAAAAGAAAUACCUCUCUUGCUCUCACUUCUCACUCUGCUUUCAUGCUCACAGAGAGGGACAAACAGUAGAGUCUGAGAGUGAGCAAUCUUUAUUGUGGCUUUCUCUUCUUUUUUUUUUUAAAUAAAUCUUUGUUACCAUUUGCUAUAACAGUUCGAAAUCUUUAGGCUUUAGCUCAAUCUUUUGCUACUGAAUUCUCUGCUUACUGCUAUUUUCUUGAUUACCCAUUUGGAAUUUCUCUCAGAAAAAUUCUGGGUGUCAAACAAUUCUUUCUAAUUUUGUGAAUUUUGGUAUAUACUUCGUUUUUUUUUUUUUUCAAGAGUCUGUGCAAGCACAUGAACUAAAAGCUUUCAAAUUCAAUUGCUUUGUAACUCGUUUAAGCAAUCAUGCUUUCGGCAAAAUCUGAGUCUGAUAUCACUAGCUUAGCUCCAUCAUCACCUUCAAGGUCUCCCAAGCGCCCUGUAUAUUAUGUACAGAGCCCUUCAAGGGACUCCCACGAUGGAGACAAGUCGUCUUCAAUGCAGGCCACUCCAAUCUACAACAACAGCCCAAUGGAGUCUCCUUCACACCCGUCUUUCGGGCGCCACUCGAGGAACUCCUCUGCCAGCCGUUUCUCGGGGAUUUUCCGGUCAUCUUCGGGGAGGAAAGGAAGUAGGAAAAGGAAUGACAAGGGUUGGCCUGAGUGUAAUGUGAUUAUGGAGGAAGGUGCUUAUGAUGAUCUACAGGAUAAGGCGUUUACAAGGCGGUGCCAGGCUAUGAUUGCUCUGUUUAGCUUUGUGCUAUUGUUCACCACGUUUUGCUUGAUUAUAUGGGGAGCUAGCCGGCCUUUCAAAGCAGAGAUUACAAUGAAGAGCUUGGCAGUAAAUAACUUGUAUAUUGGAGAGGGUUCAGACUCCACUGGGGUAGUAACAAAGAUGCUGACAGUGAAUGGCUCAUUGAGGAUGAAUAUAUACAAUCCUGCCACAUUGUUUGGCAUUCAUGUUAGCUCUAACCCUGUCAGUCUCAUAUAUUCAGAGAUUACUGUUGCAAGUGGUCAGUUGAAGAAAUAUUAUCAGCCAAGAAAAAGUCAUCGUACUGUAUCAGUUAACUUGGAAGGAACUAAGGUUCCCCUGUAUGGGGCUGGAUCAAGUUUGUCAGUUUCUUCAAAUGAUCGUGUAGUUCCAUUGACAUUGAAAUUUCAAAUCCGGACUCGAGGAGAUGUGGUGGGGAAGCUGGUGAGAGUAAAGCACCAAAAGCAAAUAUCUUGCCCUUUGGUCAUCGACCGCAGUAGCACCAAACCAAUCAAGUUCAAAAAGAAUUCAUGCACAUUUGAGUAAUUGCCUAUCCAUUUGUUGCAUCUAAUACUAAAAGCUAGCAGUGUUGCUGAGCCUGAACUAUCUGCAGGCAAAUGUUGUCCAAUCACAUGAACUGCUGUUUGUGUUGCUGAGUCUGUGUGGUUUGUAUUUGUGGGGAAGAAAAAGUCUGCAUCAUGAGAAAUCCGUUCACGCAUUUAUAUGUGGUUUACCCUUGUGAGGAUUGUGCAAAUAAAUGUGUGUGUUUAGAUAUGGAUGGUUCCGUAUGAGGUGUAAUGUUUGUGGGAUGUAUAUUAGUUUCUAAGGACAAAUAAGAUUGUUGCAAGAAUACAACACAUUACACUUCCGUUGA